AUGUGCAAGACGGUCAUCUACAAGUGGCUCUGCCUCCGCUGCGACUGGCGAUACCGCCAUGAGUGCGAUGAGGUCAAGCCCGAGUGCGGGAACUGCCUUCGAUUCGGGGUCUGCUGCGACUUCUCUCCCGUCCCUUCGCAUAUCCUUCGUCCCCUUCCUGCAACGAGCUCUGGUCCAGGCCGUCGUGGCCGCCCUCGAUCCGACUGGGCCUCGUGGGCUGAACAAAUCCGACUCUCCUCGAACGCCUCGAUCCCAGGGGGUCUUCAAGGCGCCCAUGGAUGCCUCAAUGUUACAGACCUCGAGCUUUUCCACAACUACAUGACCACCACGGCCAAUACUCUACAUGCGGGUGACCAUCGCGAGGGCGGCCUUUGGUGCGAAGGAGUACCUCGACUAGGCUUUCAGCACCCUUGUGUGCUAGCCUUUCUGCUCUCCCUGUCUUCGUACCACAUGGCUAGACUGAAGCCGCCUGAGGCGCGUAAGUACCUUGAUCUCGCAGAACAGCACUUGGGAACGGCUCUACAGACAGCAACUAUACUUCUCGGCCACGUCAACCACGAGAACAGCCCCGCCGCCUACAUAAUAUCCAUCCUCAUCUGCUUCAUCGGAUUCGCCAAAGGUCCAAGCCCGGGUAACUUGCUGCUCAUCUCAGAAGACCAGCAAGUUCCGUACUUGAACCUACUACGGGGCGUCCGACUGGUAAUAUCAAGCGUGGGGUGGAAUUCGAUAUUCUCAGGUGUUCUCGCCGAAUACUACCCCAAGCCCAGCGUGGAAAGAGAAGCGCUUCCCCUUGAUCCCACACUUUUGGAGCCAGGUGUCGAAGAUUGGAGGGCCUCGCUAAACGACGUUCUAGACCUGAUCACCGUCUUCACGGGGGACGGUAUUGCAGAGGCAUAUAGGCACGAGGUGAAAGUCCUCACGGACUGCUGCGAGAAAACAUUUGGCAAAGGGCAGAAUGCGACUUUGGGCGUGGUGGGCAAGUUGGAGGUGGUCAUGAUGUGGAUAUACCAGGUCGGUGAUGUCUAUGUUGAGGGUCUAACCAGGAAAGACCCUAUAUCCAUGCUGAUACUAGGUCACUUUUGCGUGCUGCUGCGCACGGUAGAGGGAUACUGGUUCACCCAAGGAUGGGCGUCUCAUAUCAUGAACGAGAUACUGGCCGUCUCAGAGAGGAGCCGCAAGUGGCUGACCUGGCCUCUAGCUUACCUCUCCGGGCAAAGCACUUUGCUCAACAUGUCAGAGAUUUAA